AUGAUAAAUAAAAGUUUAAUAUUAUUCAUUAUAUUUGGAAUAUUUCUGGUUCAACAAUGUUUGUCUGAUACACAGAUUCCAGCAUGGAAUGUAUCCGGAUAUUCAUAUGUUCUUAAAGAUGCACCUGUUUCAUAUGAUAUAUCUUUGAAUAUGUGUUUACAAAUUGGCGCAAUAGCCUCGUUGUCAAACAAAAAGGAAGCUGAUUAUAUCGUUGCCAACUCGAACAAUUUUACCAACACACUUUUCUGGAUUGGAAUUCAAUCGCUAAGCUCCAAUGGAAAUGGAUACACCUACGAAUCGGGAACAUCACUGGAUCUACAGCCAAUGUACGAUGUCCAGAACGAUACAUGUAUUACCUAUUGUCCAUGGGGACCCGGCGAACCUAUCAAUUUUGGUAAUGCAUCGCUCUAUGCUGUCGCUGCACAGAUUACCAAUGGCCAAAUCAGUUUCAGGGCAUUACCAUUCACUACUCAACUGCCUGUGCUAUGUUUAGAACUCCCAAGCAAUAAAAAGAGAAUCCUACAAAGAAGUCAGGUGCCAACCACCGGAGGAAGUUUAAUAAUUGUUGUUACCAACACUGCAAAUAUAACAACGGUGGGAGUGUUUACACAAGAUUCGCCACCUCAAUCAUACUCAGGAAUAUUUCAAUAUAAAGCACCUCAAAUUAUUGGUUUUACACCAAAGUUUAAUAAAGGAGAGGUUGUCACUAUUAGAGGUGUAAAUUUCGGUGUAGAUCCUUCAUUAAUUUCUGUGGUUUUUGGAAAUACAUUAUCAGAGAUGUUCAGUAAAGUGGCGUGUAGCAAUAUUUUAUUUUUAAAAGGAGAUCAAAUUACCUGUACCUUGAAUGAUAAUAUUGUUUCUCCAUAUCCAAUCAAUAUUAUGGUCGAUGGUAUUCAAGUAACUUCAACAAGAGCACCAGUCUAUUUGGAUACAGUAACCUUUGAACCACCUGACUUUUCAAUCUUCAACUUACAGGCCAACAUUACGAAAUUUACCGAUUUUAUAUCGAGUUCAAGUUAUAUAGACGAUGGAAAGUUUUUUGGAGUGGUUACAUCACUAAAUCAAUUCAAUCUUUUGCAAAAGAUAGUCCCCAAUUCCGCAGUUAUUGAAGGUCUUAAGGUGCUCAGUGGAGCUUUCUUCUAUUCGUAUGGUCCAAAUAAAGAUGUAAGAGCCUCGCCUUAUUUUAAAGAAAACGCAACUUCGCUCAUUCUCGAUUCGCCCGGUCCUGUCUUAUUUAAUACUACCGAUGCUUCAUUGAGCGGAACCGAUAAUACCAUAGUUACCAAUAACUUUUUUAUUCAAUAUUACUCUCUCACCACAGCAAGAAUUAUCGAUUAUACAACAAAUGCUUCCAACUAUCAAGAUGGAACUAUAGUGUUGAAUUAUUUUUUAAAUGAAGAAUUUAAAACAAUCACAUUAAAUGGAUUUUCUCCCGACGCUAUUUAUGGACAACCAAUAUACACGGAAAAUCAGUUAAUAUUAUCUGUAAAAGCUGGAAUAUUUAUGAAUUAUGUAUAUUUGACACUUAAUGGACAACAAACAAAUACUAUUUUUUAUAAAAAUAAUUUUUAUAAACCAAUUAUAAAUAGUUAUCAAUCUAUACAAAAACAAGGUGAAUCUGGAAAUGUAACUAUCUUUGGAAAUCAUUUUAUGAAUACUUCGAUGGUGUCGAUCGGUAAUUAUUUAUGUAAUGCAUUAAAUUUCGUUGAUUCACAAACAUUGGUUUGUCUUUUCAAUGGAAUUCCUUUGGGUGGAAAAGAUGCACUACCAAUCAGAGUGUCGACCAAUGUUGGAGCUGUAACUGCCUAUAUUUUCUAUUAUAAGCAGUAUUUCGAAUGUGCAAAUCCAACAUGUUCUGGAAACGGAGUGUGUAAUCAUGACAAUGGACAAUGCCAAUGUCGUCCUGGAUUCUAUCUAUGGGAUUGUUCAAUGAAAUCCACACAAACAUUGCCACCACCACCUUUAGUGAACAACAAUGGUGGUGCUGUACUCGUAACAAAGAACGACAGUGUUGAAACGUCAAAGUUCAACAUUGACAUCCAAUAUAUUCGAGAGAUCGAUUCGAAUGGAAAUACUUUGAAACUUGUGAAUGUUUCUGAUAUCGAUUGGACAUUGAUUCAAUCAAACACCACAUAUUAUAUUUACACAGGUCAGAUUGCAAACAGUUCAACAACAAUCCAAUUGAAUGUCAAUAUUUUCAACACAUCAACGUCGAUUGUAUUUGCAGGAGAGACAAUUCAAAUGGAUGCCAAUUCAGUCAAAUUCCAAGUUACAAUCAGCAGUUGGCCAUUCAAAGAUCAACUAAGUACACUUGAAGUUAUCUAUUCAGCACAAUUAGUUCAAAAUCAAGAUAUUUGUUCAACACCAAAAGUAUUAUCUGAUGGAACAACAAGCAACUCAGCAUCAUGGUACCAAGUUCAAAUUGGAACAUCAAUCCUAUCGGCUCGAUUUGCAAGAUAUCUAUUUGUGAAUGGCCGUAUCACAAAGAGUAACGUUAUAUUGUUGGAUGAAGAAACCGAUCCAUUGUAUCAAAUCGUCAAAAGUAACUCAACAGAUCAAACAAAAUACACAUUGUUGACAGCAAUUCAAGUUCCAUACUUUGACAGCCAAUGUAUUUUAGAUCCAAACUUCUCAUUGUUGUUAACUGGUGACCCAGAACAAUGUGACUCUAAAAAGAAUAAUUGGAAAGUUCCAGUGAUCGUUGUUUGCUCUGUUGUCGGUGGUUUAUUAUUAAUUACUGUAGCAGUUAUAAUGUUUACCAGCUUAUCUGUUACAUUUAUUUGUUUAAUUGUUUUUUUGAUUAAUAUUUGUGUUGGUGACACCGACAUACUGUUUCCAGCAUGGAAUGUAACCGGUUACUCCUACAGAUAUUUAGGUCUCGAUUACAAUUAUAAUGGAGCGUUGACACAGUGUCAGGGUGGUGGAUUCCUCGCAACAAUCACAAGCAAACAGGAAGCGGAUUUUAUUCGAGCAGAGCUAGAGACGAAUGCGCUCAACGAUCCUUUCUGGAUUAGUAUUCAAGCGGCAUCGCUUAAUGGAACUGGAUACUCAUAUGAUUCGAGCGGUCCUUUCUCUACGAUGCCGAUGUACACAGCACAAAACGAUCAGUGUUACACCUUUUGCCCUUGGAGUGACGGUCACCCAGUGAUUGGACAGAGCAACAAUGCAGUUGCAGCACAGCUGCAAGGCGAUGGUACUCUGCAAUUCAUUUCUGUUCCACGAACUAACUCUUAUAAAGCACUUUGUGUAGAAGAUAAUCUCAGUAUAAAGAUCGUUCAGAAAACUUCUAUUUCUUCCGAUGGAGGACAAUUGGAGAUCUUCUAUGUCAAUCCUCAGAGUCAGUUUCUAGAUACAUGUCAAAUUUUGAAAUGGAAUGAUUUGACACAAAUAAUCAACCUUCCUAGAGUGAAGAAUGGAACUUUUCAAGUACCUCCAGGUACAGGUUUAUAUAAAUUGAAAUGUAUUACCAAUACACAAAAUACAUAUAUAUCAAUAUUUCAAUAUAAUUCACCUCUCGUUAUUGGUUUUACUCCAAAGUUCCAAAAAGAUGAAAUAUUGGUCGUAAGAGGUCAAGGUUUUGGAAAUGAUAUAAACUUAAUUUCGAUGUCAAUUGGGAAUGUUCAGUGUAGAAGCGUUCAAUUAAGUGGUGAUCAAUUGUCUUGUACUUUGAGUAGUGAUGUUCUAUCACCGUUUCCUUUAAUCAUAUCGGUAGAUGGAAUGGAAAUCAAAUCGUAUCGAGCACCCUUUUACCUUUCAGGCGUAACCAACAAUCCACCAAACUUUGCCCUAUUCACUCUCAAUGUAAAUCUUACGACUUUUCUCACCUAUAUUGUUCCAAAGCUAAGCGACCAAACAGUGUAUUUCGGUGCACUCACCGAAGCAAGCCAAUACAAUUUGGUAUCAAAGAUAUUCCCAACCAGAGUGCUUACUCAAGGUGUUCGAAUGGUCUCUGGUGGAAGUUUCUAUAACAUGUAUGGACCAUCGAAAAAUUCUUUGGUUGCACCGUACUACUACGGAACGAAUGGAUGCAGCGUUGUAAAUACUGCGAUUACCUUAAGUCUCACCAGUGGUUCCUUAAUGGACACCAAUACCAAUGCCCUAAGCAACAUUUAUUUCCUUGUGUACAAUCCAAUCAUGUCUCCAACUAUUGUAGGAUAUACAACGAACGCAUCCAACUACCAGGAUGGAUAUGCAAUCUUUGAUAUCGACUUCAAUCAAAAUAUUAACUCAAUACAAGUAAUGGGUUUAGUUCCAUUGUACUCUGUAUUAGAGACCAAAAUUCCAAUUGUAUUACGUGUUGCAGCAGGUAUAAACACCACAUCAAUGUAUUUUAUUAUUAAUGGUCUUAACACCAAUCAGAUCAACUAUACAAAUAAUUUAUAUUCACCAACUAUAAAUAGGUAUCAAACGAAUAUGAAACAAGGUGAAACAGGGAAUGUAACAAUAUUUGGUGAUCAUUUUAUGAAUACUUCUCAAAUCACAAUUGGUGGAGCUGGAUGUGAUUAUAUUGUAUAUCUCAGUCCACAACAAUUGAUCUGUUCAUUCACAGGUACUCCAGUUGGUGGAAAGGAUGCACUACCAAUCGCAGUCUCAAAUAAUGUUGGCACUACCACCUCCUAUUUAUUCUUUUAUAGGCAAUACUAUGAGUGUGCAAAUCCAACAUGUUCUGGAAACGGAGUGUGUAAUCAUGACAAUGGACAAUGCCAAUGUCGUCCUGGAUUCUAUCUAUGGGAUUGUUCAAUGAAAUCCACACAAACAUUGCCACCACCACCUUUAGUGAACAACAAUGGUGGUGCUGUACUCGUAACAAAGAACGACAGUGUUGAAACGUCAAAGUUCAACAUUGACAUCCAAUAUAUUCGAGAGAUCGAUUCGAAUGGAAAUACGUUGAAACUUGUGAAUGUUUCUGAUAUCGAUUGGACAUUGAUUCAAUCAAACACCACAUAUUAUAUUUACACAGGUCAGAUUGCAAACAGUUCAACAACAAUCCAAUUGAAUGUCAAUAUUUUCAACAUAUCAACGUCGAUUGUAUUUGCAGGAGAGACAAUUCAAAUGGAUGCCAAUUCAGUCAAAUUCCAAGUUACAAUCAGCAGUUGGCCAUUCAAAGAUCAACUAAGUACACUUGAAGUUAUCUAUUCAGCACAACUACUUCAAAAUCAAGAUAUUUGUUCAACACCAAAAGUAUUAUCUGAUGGAACAACAAGCAACUCAGCAUCAUGGUACCAAGUUCAAAUUGGAACAUCAAUCCUAUCGGCUAGAUUUGCAAGAUAUCUAUUUGUGAAUGGACGUAUCACAAAGAGUAACGUUAUAUUGUUGGAUGAAGAAACCGAUCCAUUGUAUCAAAUCGUCAAAAGUAACUCAACAGAUCAAACAAAAUACACAUUAUUGACAGCAAUUCAAGUUCCGUACUUUGACAGCCAAUGUAUUUUAGAUCCAAACUUCUCAUUGUUGUUAACUGGUGACCCAGAACAAUGUGACUCUAAAAAGAAUAAUUGGAAAGUUCCAGUGAUUGUUGUUUGCUCUGUUGUCGGUGGUUUAAUAUUAAUUACUGUAGCAGUUGUAAUUAUAAAGAAACAACUUAAAGGAAGAAAGCUUAUAGACAUGGCUGUUAAAUUAAAAAGAAAGUUCUAA